UUAAUUACGAUUGUUAGCUCAUUAAUAGAAACAAUUUGUUACUCAUACUUUUUCUUCACAAUUUUUGUUGCAGAAGUUUGUUAAAGCUUUUAUUAACGUACUUUUUUUAUUUAUUUUUCCAUUUUAUUAUUUCAAACAAAAAAUAUUUGUGCCAAAUGGAUCCAAAUCAAAAUAAUCUUCAACAAUCUUGGUUGCAUUUUAUGAAAAAUUAUCAUCAUCCUGAUGUUCAAAAUUCUCAAUUAUCAUCAUCACCAACCAAUCCUAAUAUGUUUUAUAGACCUCAAAUGAAUACUCAAGGUGGAGAUCAAAAUCCUAAUUUUCAAAAUUCUCAAUUACCAUCACCACCAACCAAUUUCAAUAUGUUUUAUAGACCUCAAAUGAAUGCUGAAGGAGAGUUUACUUGUUUUGAACCUCAAAUACCGAUUGGUCCUAUGCCAGCGUGUCAAGUUCCACAGUUUUCUACUCAAGUUGGUUUUAAAAAUACUAUUGUCGAAGAGGGAGAAGAACAUCAUGGUCGAAAAAAAUCUCGAGAGCUAUUCACAAUGGAUGAAGAUACACUACUUAUUCAAUCAUGGCUCAACGUUUCAAAAGAUUCAAUUAUAGGAGUUGACCAAAAAGCAGAUGGUUUUUGGUUAAGAAUUGCAACAAAUUAUAAUGAGUAUCGUGGGCAGUUGCGAGAGAAAACACUAAGUCAACUAAAAUCUCGAUGGCAUCGAAUUAAUGGUUUCGUUCAAAAAUUUGUUGGGUGUUACAAACAAGCUGUAAGUGGAAAGAAAAGUGGAAGCUCGGAGAAGGACAUCAUGAUCGCUGCACAUGCUUUUUAUUCUCAAGAUACAGGUGGACCAUUUAAUCACGAAUAUGCAUGGCGAUUGCUAAAAUGUGAACCUAAAUGGAUGGGAGCAUCAAUUGAAUGUUCUUCAAAAAGAACAAAGAACUCUACUAGUGGAGCGUACUCAUCAUCUCCUAAUACAGAGACAAGUUAUGAAAUUGACUCAACAUCACCAAUGGAGCGUCCAAUGGGACAAAAGGCAGCAAAAAAAAUGGGCAAGGCAAAGGCGGUUGAAACACCUCUUAUUAAUACUGUUGUGCAAGAUACAAUGAAUAAAAAAGUAGCAGCUUUAGAAAAACUGGCACAACUAAAAGAGGACGAGAUGGAGUUCAAGGCAAUGGAGGUCAUCAUGAAAGAUACAUCCGGAAUGAGUGAGAGUCAACUCGAAGUUCAUGAAAUUUAUUGUAAUAAACUUAAAAAAAAGUAUGGAUUUUAG